AAUUUAAUGAAGUGGCGCAAAAUUUAAGCGUUUGAUAAGUUUGGAAUUUAAGAAAAUGUUAUCCUACGAUCACAGUGCUAAUUUUCAGGCCGUGGCGUCAGGAACGAUCGAUAAGAUGCUAUGCUCGUAAAAAUUAUGUGAAUGGCGGUUAUGUAUCUCAAAACCCACAAAAAUGAGUGACGUAAAGCAAGUGAAAGUGGAUAACUGGGGAAUAUAUUUCCUUCAGAGGUUAAAGCACUUCUUUAACCGAACUGACUACUGCGAUCUCACACUUCAGUUUCAAGAUAAUGCACAACUUAAAGUACAUAGGUUGGUUCUCAAUUCGUGUACAGAAUAUUUUGAGAUAUUAGAAAGAACUUGCGAAAUGUAUUCUGAUUGCUUAGUCAUGCCGGAUGAUCUACAGGCCGAUGUAGUAGUCCCUAUUGUUAACUUCAUGUAUACUGGACAGCUAGAAUUUAAAAUGGAUUUACUUGAAAAACUAUAUCAAACAUCUUUAAUCAUGAACAUGCCAGUUUUGACUAAACUUUUGAAUGCUCAUAGAGUCAAACCUAAUUUAUAUGGUAAACGGUACAGCCGAAAUAUUGAACCAAGAGUAUCUACACCUACUGCAACUCCAACUGCACAAAUAAAAAAGCGUAGCUUUAAUAAGGCUUUUCCAAACGAUCAACAAGUAACAGCAAAAAAAAAAUUUGGAACUUCAGAAUCUCUAUUGAGUAGUAGUAAUGGUGCCUAUGGCUUGGAAACAAGUUUAAAGCCAGUGGAAUCCAGCCAGAAAAAAAAUAUAAAUAAGGAUCCAAAGCCAACCCGGUAUGAAUUACCUGCUGAAUUAGAUGAUGAUAAUAUCUUUGAUAACUCUUUCACAAGUCUUUCUUAUGAAUCUAAACCUUUAAUGGUGCACCCUGAAACGACUAAAUAUUACACUCCUAAAAAAGCUAGAAUUUUUGAUGAACCAUCUAAUUCUAAAAAGUUUCUUUCCGGAACGACAACAAUGGAUAUUGUUGAAUGUCGAAAAAUCACACCAAAUGACUUUUUUGAAGAUGUUGCAGAUACAAGUCCUGAUGAUUCAGAACUUUUCUUACAACAAAAUGUUCAAGAAAAAAAGGAUUCUAGUCAACUUUUUGAUCAAAUUUUAAUUAAAGAUUCAAAAAUCUCUAUAGAAAAAAAAGAUAAAAAGGAAAAAAGCCACUUGGAUCAUGCUAAAAUUAUAAGUGAGGUACUGAAGAAAUAUCCUCAUUUGGUAAAAAGCAAUAAGAAUAUAAAACUUAAAAUACUGAACAAUCCCAACAGUCAGAAGAAACAAGAACCAAAAUUGCUAAAGCCUAAAACAGAAGUACCAGACUUUACUUAUGAAACAGAUGUAGUUGACUCUCAAGAAGCAGCACGACUUAUAGCAAUGGGUGCAGAUAAUGUGAAGGGUCCUUGGAUUUGUCUGAUAUGUGGCACUCCUGGGAGAGCAUUACAUUUUACAAGUUAUUAUAACUAUCGUCGACAUCUAGUAGAAGUUCAUAAUGAAAAACCAGUGUCAAAUAUGUGUGAAUAUUGUGGUUUGAAAUCACCAAAAAGAAACUACUUGGUCCACCAUUUAUACACUAAACAUGGAGUUGAACCACCACGAGCUUUUCACUUCCCUAAAUGUAAUAUAUGCAGCUAUGUUGCCUUAACAGAAGCUUUCUUAGUGAAGCAUAAAAUGUCUCAUUCUGACAACCAUAAAUUCCGAUGUGCUAUUUGUGCAUCUUCAUUUCAUAACUCAAAUUUAUUACUAAAACAUAUUCAGAAAACUGGUCACAAGUUUUCAGCUGAAAAAAAGCCAAGCCCACAAUGUAUUUAUUGCUAUAAGAUGUUUACACGAGAUUCAAAUCUAUAUGCCCACUUAAAAUCAAAUCAUUAUGAGUCUGCCAAAAAUGAUGGCAUAAUUGAAGAUUCUGACGAUGAGAAGGAGUCCAAGAUUCAUGUAGAUACUAAUAGGGAUGGAACACCAACAAAAUACAUAGAAGUUAAUGUUCCUGGAUCAUUUGACAAUCAAUAUGAUGAGACUUCCUAUAAUGUGCAACAACGAUCAGAUGGAAAUAUUGAGAUAGUUACUAAAAAGCCACCACUUAAUUUAACUCCAAUUUCUAAAAAAAAGAUAUUAAAUGCUGGAUUGAGUAAAACAUCCUCUUCUGGUACUCCUCAAAAAGUAAAAAUUAUUCAAGAAGUUAUAUCAAAAUCAGACUUUAUAGAUUCACCUGAAUCAGUAAAAAAAGAAGAUGGUAUUGUAGUACUAGACAAUAAUGAAUUCUUUUUCACAGAAAACUAUCAAACUGAUACUGAAGAAAUAAUAACUUCUGAGACUUCACAAAGUGAAUACUCAACUACUCCUCAUAAUAGUACUGAAACAUCCAAACUUACUCUAUCAAAAUCUAAUCCAACUAUGAAUCAGCCCAUACAAAUUGUAGUAUCUAAUGAAGAGGAAUAUAAAGCAUUACUUUCCUCAAAUCACUCAAUAAUAUUUGAUGAGAGAGUUUCUGAUAAACCUUUGACAGUUUUGGCAACAUCAAGUUCAGGUGUUGGAGAUACUAUCAAUUUGAGUAAUCCACAAUCAAAUGAAAUGAUGAUUGUUCCUGAAACAUUUCCCAUUAAUAUUUCAGCAUCCAAUACUACAGACAACUCUAAUAUAGUAGUUGUGUACAGCCACCCAGUAAGUGAACAAAACAAACAUUUUCAGUUAAUAACGUCUUCCCAAGGUCUUAAUAAUCAAUUCAUCCAAUCAUCAGCAAUUUUUACUCAAAAUUUUGAAACUGUCACAACAACGGCUCCAGUAAUGGCUGGUCAAAUAGUGGUUAAUAACACUACUGUAGGUAAUUCUUGGCAAAACAAUUUGCCAAUUGCUACUUCAGAAAUGCAAAUUAUAACUUCAGAAGUGCAUGUUGGUGAUCCUGUUAAUAAUAUCCCUCAAGUUGAGAUAAUGCAACCCGGUCUGGAGGUUCCUCUACCACAAUCAUUGCCAAACUUAGAUGAAACUGAUAUUUCUGUAAACAGCAAUUUUUUAAAUGCUAACACUACAACAAAAUCUACUAAUGCAGACAAAUCUGUUUUUCAAAAUACAACAUUAAUUCCUAUUAGUAAAUUGCCAUCCUUAAGCUCUCUCAGUCAAUCUAUGGUUAUAAAUUCACCCCAAGUAGGAAUGAAUAUUAUACAAUCAGAAAAAAGUCUUGAAACUAAAGAACCGCAUGCAAUUAUGGAAAUUCCAAUCACAGAACAAUCUAAUAUAGUGGACAUGCCAUCUAAUAUAGAUGAAGAAUUAAAAACUGAACCUAUUUUUGAUGAACCUGCCUCCAUUGUAGACCAACCUGACUCCAUUAUGGACCAAACAGAAUCUAUUGAACCUAAGGAGGAACAGAGUGACUGUGUUACAGAACCAAAUGCAUUGGUAUGUCCACAUCAAGAUGUUGAAUCGAACAUAAUAGUUGAUUCAGGAGAAAAAGCUUUAAGUAUAGAAUUGCCACAGGAUCCUACUAAUAUUAGAGAACAAGAAACUGUCACAAUGAGUGCAAAGGAAGAAACUACUGGUGAUAAUGCUAAACUAGACAUAUCUGUAACUUGUGAACAUAUACAAGACACAACAGAGACACGAGAAUGUUCAAAUGACAUAGCUGAUUGUAUACCAGAGUCCAACAAUGCAAAUUCACAUAUAGAUGAACAACCCUUAAUUACAUCUGAUCUUCAACAAAAUCAUAAUAUUAUAAUGGAACAAGAUGAUAAAUUUGAUCACAAAGCUACUAUAGCUAUUCCUCAAAUGGUAACUGUUGAACCAAAAACCCUUUUGCAUCACACAUCUACUUCAGUUACAAAGGAUAUACAGAUUUCUGAAAUAGAAAAUACAUUAUCUGAACAUACUUUAACACAAAAAGCUGAUUUUGUAAUAGAUACUGAAGAACAGAAACAGAAUCAACCCGUAUUAAUAAGUGAGGAGGAUGAAUGUAUUAAAACUGAGGAUGAGGAAACAAUUGAAAACAUAGCAAGAGAUAUAGAAGCUGUUCCUAAAAUGAUGGCUGUAGAAAUUAUGGAAGAAAAACCUUAUGAAAAUACUAACAAGCCUCUUAUAAAAGAUAUUGAUAAUCUAACAUCAGAAUGGUCAGAUGGUGAUGGAGAAGAAGGAACAGAUCCUUCUAUUAAGUUGACUCAAGCAGAAGUAGCUGAAGAUAAACCUGAAUGUAUGUUGCAAAGUAAUGAAUUAGAACCUGACAAAAACAUAGAUAGUGUACCCCAAGAAAAAAUUUCCUCACUUCUUAAUGAUUGGGAAGAAAACUCGCAAGAAGAAACAAUUUCUGAUUCUGUGUCUGCAAUUCCAACAGAAGUAAUAAAAAAUACCACUAAUAUCAUUAGUGACAAGUUGACCAUGGAGAAAGUUGAGCCACAAGAGGGCAAGAAACACAAUGAUAUAAGAAAGUUAGUAAGUGAUUGGGAUGAUGAUGUAGAAGAGGAUCAUAAUUAGAAUACUAUUAAUUUCUCGCUUAUUUCAGUAUAGUACAUUUAGUACAGUAACAUUAAUUUAGCAGAUAAACUAACCUUUGAAGUUCCAAAUUCAAGUGUCUGUUACACUAUACAAUUACAUAGUAUUAUGUAUGACUUGUAAUGCUCAUUUCAUAAGAGUCACAAUUAACAUAGGUUUAAGAAACAUUGUUAUGGUCCAAUUGUAAAAGUAAAAUCAAUUUGCCAACCUAUUUAAUUAAUUAAUUUUAUACAAUUAGGUUUGUUUAAAAAAUAUUGAUUUGUACAUAAUGCAUAUGUUUUAAGUUAAUCAUUUUAGAAGACAUGUAAUUUGUAAGGAUAUAGUUAAAGUCUGUUAUUGAGCUAAAUGAAAUAUUGGUUUAAUGAGUUGUAAUUAAAUACAACUAAAGUAUUUGAAUUCGAUGUAUACAAUAAUUUUGAUCCAGGAUGUAAGAUCUUAUUCUAUAUCAAUAUCACAACCUAUAGUGUAUGUUUAAUGAUAUUAAACGUUUUUAAA